CUUUCCCUCCUCCGUCUUCUAUUCCAAACAAAAACAAAAGGUAAUACAUGAUGGUGGGUUAGGUAAUGGGUAGUGGGUGCAGGUUUGAAAAGAAAACUUUGCAGCUCCUACUUUUCAAUCUGUUGAAAGCAAGUAAAUUGGCGGGAAAUCAAAUUCUUAAAUUGGUAUCUCAUCUCUCUUUCAGAUAGGAAUCAAUGAUUAAAUGCAGUCCAAAAUAAGUUCCUUCUUCAAGCCAUCGUCAUCGUCUUCUUCUAUAAAAUCUGACCAGUGCCUGCCUUUGGGUUUAGAGGACGAUGACCAUGAAUUGGCACUUUGGGAGAAUGCUGAGCACCAGUUUGUCAAUACUUACAAGCGUAGAGCUCCAAAAUCACAUGAUGGGGAUAAGAGCGUUGAAGCCAAUAGAAGACCAGUAAGUGAUGUAUUGACAAUACCCAUUUUGAAGGAUCCAUGUAUGAAACCAGAAUCGACGAGUUCUGGGAAAGUGCUCAACAAGAAGAGUUACGCACAGUUGCAUUUGGACUUGGGUCAAUCUGAUUUCAAUCUCCGUACAUGUUCCACAUGUGGGGUUAAAUAUGCUCCUGGGGAAGAAGGGGAUGAGAAGAACCAUAAAACCUUUCACAGGAAUUACACUUUUGGAGUUCAAUACAAGUGUUGCCGGAAGGAAAGGGUAGUUCAUAUGCCUUGUUCUCAUGGGGGAAGCAUUGUUUUGGUGUUAAAUGGUGACCCGCCUGCUCAGAGAAAAAAGGUACAGGAGAUUGUAAAGCUGAUGGAAAUUGAGCUUGGAGGUGGAUGGAUUUUUCAUAAGCUCUGUAAGGUAUAUCUAUUCAUCUCUUCCCAGAGGGUUGCUGGUUGUCUGGUUGCUGAACCAAUAGAAGAAGCAUUCAAAAUCAUUCCAUGUUUAGUGGAUAGAAGAUCUGAUGGUGCUACUACAAAGGAUUCAAAAUUGAAUUCAACCACUCUUCGAUUUGGGGAAAUCAUCUUGCAGAAAGAAACCACAAAGAAAGUCCCCUCUGUUAAUUUUCUUGAGGUGUUGGAUGGGAACAACAAUGGAGCUAUUAUCUGUGAAGAGAAAGCUGCACCUGCUAUUUGUGGUAUCAGAGCAAUCUGGGUCACUCCCUCUAACAGAAGAAAAGGCAUUGCCAGCCAGUUACUGGAUGCUGUGAGGAGAAGCUUUUGCGUAGGAUUUACUCUCCAACGAUCUCAGAUAGCAUUUUCCCCACCAACUACAGUUGGAAAGGCAUUGGCAUCCAGUUACACUGGCACCACAUCAUUCAUGGUUUACAAGCCUAAUGCUAUGCACGGUUAAAUGCUAUGGCACUGUAAUUAUGGCGGGUUGCAGUUUCUAAUUAUACUUUUGAAUCGCUAGCAGUUAGAUUUUAAAAUAUUUCACAAGCAAGCAGUCAGGAACUCUAAUAUCAACGAUUCAUCUCAACUCUUUACCCGAUUAUUUUUAUUUAUUUAUUGGGGAUUUUUGAUUUGAUUGUCAUGAAUUUUUUUAUAAUGAUGAAGAAUGAUGGUGUUUUGUUUUCAUUA